CAGUUUGACACCCCGAAACAUAAUUCAGCGUUAAAUUUUCAAGGCAAUAACACAACAGUCACAUAAAAAAUAAAAUAAAUAAAAUAAGUAAGAAGGAAUUUCACUUUAUAUUGCAGUCUCAUGGUUGAAUAGCUUACAUACACAAUCAACUCCAUAUAGCUCUAUAGAAAUUGUAUACAAUGAAAUUCGUAAUAUUAUUUUUAUUUAGUUGUAUUAUGCUAAAUGUAAUUAAUUGCAAUCCAGUUGAAUUAGUUUCUCUAACAAAUAAAAGAGAUGACUCUGGUCAAUUCUUAUCACGUUAUAAGCUAGAUGAUGGAACUGGAGAAGAGAAGAUGGGUAAACUUUUGCCAAAUGAUGAAGGACAGGAUGCUAUUCUUGUUCAACGGGGUUCAUAUACUACAAAUGUUGAUGGACGGCUCAUCACGUACAAUUGGAUAGCUGACACAAGAGGCUUCAGAAUAUCGAAAGCUUAAAUUACAGUAAAAAUAUUAUCAUAAAGGUUUCAAAAUAAUACAUUUAAUGUAUAUU